GCAUCUAAACGCGUCACUUCCGGAUUUCGCUCCUUUUUCCUGUCCCUUAUCAACGGUGUGACCCGCGUGUUUACACACUCUCAGAUGAAGGAGUCGAUAAUGAACCAGGAAAAGCUUGCCAAACUGCAGGCUCAGGUCCGCAUAGGCGGCAAGGGGUCAGCUCGCAGAAAGAAGAAGGUGGUGCACAGAACGGCUACAGCAGAUGAUAAGAAGCUGCAGUUUUCCCUGAAGAAACUGGGAGUCAACAAUAUCUCUGGCAUUGAAGAGGUUGCAUAG